AAAUUGCGAUGGCAACAUAUAUCACUUAAAUCCCUCGCUAGCUUCCCAGAAGUGGAUUUCAAAAGCAAUUGAAUCUGCAUCUCGAACUAGCUUUGCCUCAGCUGUUUUAGGUAUGAAAGUUCUGAAAAUAUACCAAUUGGCUAGAAUUUUCACUAUCGCAAGCUACUCUUUAUCAGAAAGAAAGGAAGGCUUUACCAUAGAGUAAAAAUAAAUAAAUAAAUAAGUAAAUAAAAGGUUUUCGGAAAAAGAAAUAAUAAUUACUUGCAUCAAGAAAGAUGUAGUAUAGAGUGAGAGAGACGAACAACGGCCGCCACUGGAAAUAACCGCGAUUAAGAAACCCUAAGUUGGUGCUCUGCUUCAUUGUUUUUAUUGGCUGCGAUUCUUUGCUUCCUCAGCGGCAAUAAGGGCACGUUCAGAUGCAAAGUUGAUUAAUAAACUUGGAGCUAAAAGUUUGGUUUUCAUUGAUACAGUUUGAUUCUAGACCAUCCAUUAAUUGUAGGGUACUGUUUAAUGGUCAGUAAGUUCUGAAUCUUGAUGCUUACUCAGUUGAGACUGUCACUUUGUUCUCAAGACCCAAUUUGUUCCAGGUGGUCUUAGAUUUUGUUAGAAAUUUGAUAGGAUACUUGAAUCGUAGUGAUUCAACAGUGAACAUCAUAAUAUGAAAGCUAAAUUCAAUGCUUUAAUCCAACUCUGCUUCACCUUCUCCAUCCCUCAGAAAUUUGUCUCCUUGCCCUUCAAUGCUUCCCAUAUCAAAACCCCAUUUGCAAAACCCAAUUUAUGGUGGACCGGUGCGGCAUUCACCACAACCACAAUGGUUUCCCCUUCAACUGGAACCCUAGAAGACAACCACAGCCGCAAUGCUUUGGAAGAUACAGGAGACCGCCCUAAGGACUCCAUUGAUGUUUUUAGGAGAUGGGGUUGUAGUGAAACUGAUAUAUCAAAGAUUUUUCUUCGGCGGCCUACUUUACGUGCCACUGAUCUCACAGAUCUACAAUCCAAGCUCAGCAUACUUGGCAAGUUGGGCCUCUCGGCUUCUGACCUUGUCAAAAUCAUCAAUUGUCGCCCCCGCUUCCUUAAUUGCUGCAUCAAUCACUGCUUCGAUGAGCGCCUGGAAUAUCUCCAAGCAUUGUUUGGGUCGAAGAAAAUUCUUCUCAAAGCCAUUACACGCAACCCUUCCCUCCUCGUCUAUGACUUCCAUAAUACGAUCAAGCCCAUCAUUGCCACAUACGAGAGAAUGGGUGUUAGCAGAAAUGAUUUGAUUCCCAUGCUUCUGUCUCGUCCCACAUUAAUUUCUCGAUCGUCAUUCACUGAUGAAAAGAUGUACUACAUACAGAAGAUUGGGCUCUCUAAGGAUUCCAAAAUGUACAAAUACGUGGUCACUCUCAUUGCAAUCUCACGCCUUGAGACGAUUCGUGAGAAGGUGGCAAACUUUGAGAAGUGUGGGUUUUCAGAAGAUGAGGUUUGGGGUCUUUUAAGACGCGCACCUAUGGUGUUGACGUUAUCCAUUGACAAGGUUCAGAGGAACAUGACUUUUGUAUUGGGCACAAUGAAGCUACCUGCUAGUACAGUCAUUGGUUUUCCAUCUCUGCUGUACUCUAAUUUGGAGACUGUGUUAAAGCCCCGGGUUCUUCUCGCAAGGAAGAUAAAGGAUAUGGGUCUUGUUCCACAAUUUAAAGGAUGUCCCAUAUUAGGGCCAGUGAGUAUGAAAGAGAAUCGGUUUGUUGAGGCAUUUAUUGAAUGUCACUCGAAGGAUGUUGCAAGUGAAUUGAUGGAGUAUUACACAAAUGUAAAAGAUGUCAAGCGGCUAGCAGAAACUUCAAAGAGGAACUUGAUCAAAGGAUUCCCUUUCUAAACAUCUUUGGCUUCCAGAAACAUAAUUUUGCUUUUCGGAGUGAAAACAAGAAAGUGAAAUGGCGUUAAUUAACCCUUGUUGUUGCCACUUUGCUCUCAAGACCCAAUUUGUUCCAGGUGGUCUUAGAUAUUGUUGAAGUUGAUAGGCUACUGAUAGUGAUUCAACAGUGAAUAUCAUAAUAUGAAAGCUAAAUCCAACUCGGCUUCCUAUUCUAUGUCCCUCAGAAAUUUGUCUCCUUGCCCUUCAAUGCAUCCCAUAUCAAAACCCCAUUUGCAAAACCCAAUUUAUGGCGGACCAGUGCGGCUUUUACCACAACCGCAAUGGUUCCCCCAUUAACUGGAACCCUAGAAGACAACCACAACCACAAUGCUUUGGAAGAUAUAGGAGACCAUCCUAAGGACUCCAUGGAUGUUUUUAGGAGAUGGGGUUGUAGUGAAACUGAUUUAUCAAAGAUUUUUCUUCGGCUGCCUUCUUUACAUUCCUAUAAUCUCACAAAUCUACAAUCCAAGCUCAGCAUACUUGGCAAGUUGGGCCUCUCGGCUUCUGACCUUGUCAAAAUCAUCAAUUGUCGCCCCCCGCUUACUUAGUCGCCGCAUCAAUCACUGCUUCAAUGAGCGCCUGGAAUAUCUCCAAGCUUUGUUUGGGUCGAGGGAAAUGCUCUCAAAGCUAUUACACGCAACCCUUCCCUUCUCACUAUGACUUCCAUAAUUUGAUCAAACCCAUCAUUGCCACAUACGAGAGAAUGGGUGUUAGCAGAAAGGACUUGAUUCCCAUGCUUCUGUCUCGUCCCACCUUAAUUCCUCGAUCAUCAUUCAUGGAUGAAAAGUUGUAUUACAUACAGAAGACUGGGCUUUCUAAGGAUUCCAAAAUGUACAAAUACGUGGUCACCCUCAUUGCAAUCUCAGGCCUAGAGACGAUUCGUGAGAAGGUGGCAUACUUUGAGAAGUUUGGGUUUUCAUAAGAUGAGGUCUUGGGUCUUUUCAGACGCUCACCUCUGGUUUUGACCUUAUCCAUUGACAAGGUUCAGAGGAACAUGACUUUUGUAUUGGGCACAAUGAAGCUACCUGCUAGUACGGUCCUUGGUCAUUUAUUUCUGCUGUUGUUGAAUUUGGAGGCUGUAUUAAGGUCCCGGUUUCUUCUCGCGAGGAAGAUACAGGAAAUGGGUCUUGUUCAACAAAUUAAAGGACCUGCAAUGUUGAGGGCAUUGAGGAUGAAAGAGAAGCGGUUUGUUAAGGCAUUUAUUGAAUGUCACCUGAAGGAUGUUGCAAGUGAAUUGAUGGAGUAUUACACAAAUGUAAAAGGUGUCAAGCGGUUAGCAGAAACUUCAUAGAGGAACUUGCAUGAAGGAUUCCCUUUCUGACCAUCUCUGGCUUCCAGGUUUUGAGAGUAAAGGGGCUUAAGACCCUGUGGUAAAAUUUAGUCCAAAAGAUGAGUAGAUGUACGAAAGGAAUUAAAGUACCUAGUUGACAUGACAGAAUGCAGAACAAAGUUGAUAAACAGGGAUAGACCCAGAAUAAUACAAAAAACAGUGUAAGAGACGACUUAUGGAUUCUUACAAUAAAGUGAUUGAAGUGCAUUGCUACUUGCUAUCUAAUGGAGAUAGUGAUGAAAUAUUGCCACUCUUCGUACUUAUUUUAUGGAGCAAACCAACUUAGAUGCAAUUUAUGCACAUUUCUCACAUCGAGGAGGAGUUUGAAUGACGAACCAGCAAACAUUAGCUUGAGUGGUAUAUCCUCUGCCUCAAAAAAAGGUCGAGGUUCCGUGAUGUAAUGGAAUUUUGACUGGGUGUUCCUCUUUUCGUCUUGGUGUUAUACAUGCAAGUAUUCAAGAGCUUGUACAGAAGCUGUAGAUAUUAUUAGGAAUGAUAGUGAGUAUAAGUAAUUAUUUAUGGCUGGAGUUCUCUUACCUUUUCUCGAAAAAUGCUUGAUUGAUGCUUUUCAGGGAUUUCUUCUCAAAAUGGUACGAACUGCCCUACCCGGUAUCUUAUGUUGAGGCAGGAGCCUAAAGACUGUGCUCCCAUAGUGGAUUUGUAAAGUGGUUCUUCUAGGUCAUGAUGUUUAUUUUCUUGGUGUAAAUUGUGGAGCACGGUCCACUGAGCACACUUGCUUGAGUUUAAUUGUGGUUAUUUUUUUUUGCAAAAUAAUGCUAAAGAUUAAGUCUAUCUCGAGUCUGAAUUGAAUUGUAAUAAUUUCUGUAGGGUCAUCUUCUUAUUGGUUAGGA